AUGCAGUCUCUCACCUUUUUAUUGCUCUUUUGCUGGACCUUACUUCCAGCUGUGAUUGCACAGGAAAGCAAGCCAGGUGCCUCAGUUCAUCCUGGUCAGCCUUCAAACUGUAUCGCAUGGCAUAUUGUCAAAGAAGGCGACGACUGUGAAACUGUUCCCAACAAAUACUAUAUCACCAAGCAAGAGUUCCUGGCUUGGAAUCCCUCAGUUUCGAAGGAUUGUUUGACCAACUUCUGGCUGAAGUAUGCCUACUGCGUCAGAAUUGAUGGUACUUCAGCUGUCUAUACAACAGCCAAAUCCACCGCCACGAGCAAGACUGCGCUCUCGACUGUCCAAUCGGACAAGGGAAGCUCAACUUCAAGCACCAAAGUACCCUCGACAAAGGACGUCACAUCAGUAGUAACUUCAGACCAGACAGCAUCAAAGCCGACUUCCGAGUCUAUCACCACUACUACUGCCGAUACCACGUAUUCUGUUCGCAAUCCUGUCUCAACGUGGAACAUUACGACUCCCACAACGGAUGUGAAUUGGCCCCCAAAGGCUACUCAAUCCGGGCAGCCAAAGGACUGCAACAAGUGGCAUCUCGUUAGAGGUCGCCAGAGCUGUCAAGAUGUUCUCAACAUACAUAGUUCAUUCAUGAAAAAGGACGAGUUCUUCAAAUGGAACCCUGAAGUCCACGAAGACUGUUCGGGCCUCUUUGUAGGCUACUGGUAUUGCGUCGGAGUGAACUCGAUCUCUACCGGCAACCUCGAAUGGGAGACAUCCACGCCCCCAUUUACUCCUCCUCCUGAACCAACCCCUUACACACCCACAAAGAUCACACCUGCAAACUCUGACUUCACACCAACACCAUCUCAUGGUCCCAUGCCAACAGACUGCAUUCACUAUCAUCAGGCCGAGGCCGACGAGAACUGUCGCGACAUUCUCAAGACGUACAGCUACCUGUCCAAGGACCAGUUUUUCAAGUAUAACCCAGUCCUCAAGAUGAACUGUGAUGGUCUCUGGAAGGGCAACUGGUACUGUGUCGGUGUCAAGAGUGAGGUUCUGAUGCCCCCAACUGUUACUGAAACCCCGAGUGUUAUUCCUGGCGGCAGCCCUAAGGACUGCAAGGUAUGGUAUUACACUACUGGGGGAGAAACGUGUGAUCAAUUGGUCAAUAUGUUUGGGACGUUUAGUGCCAAGGACUUUAUCUCGAUGAACCCAUCAGUCUUUGAUGACUGUAGUAAUGUUGAGGACAACACCUGGUACUGUGUUGCUGGGCCUGAUACUCCUACCACCAGAACAGCAGCCCUAACAACGCCUACUCGACCAGCAACCGCUAUGCCAACUCAGUCAGGCGUAGCAUCAGAUUGUAAGGAAUACUGGCUUGUUUCAAAGAAGGAUACCUGCAAGUCUAUUCGACGAGCCAACAGCAUCUCAUUGGAAAAGCUGCUUAGCUGGAAUCCAGCUUUGGGAAGUACAUGUAGUGGGCUGAAGCCUGAUUCCUAUGUUUGCGUGGACAGUGGUAAAUAA